ACCUUGCUUGAAUGCCACCAGUACUCAGAGAGAGAGAGAGAGAAGCGAAGGAAAGUGUGGUGCGUGGCAGUGACAAACCACUAUUUCGAAACGUAAACCACUGCAUUCCCAAACAGUCCUGCGUGUGAGGUUUACUUCUCCCCACCACCCUCCGUAUGCUCCAAGUAAUUUGAAUUCUGUGUUUUGCAAGAUUCUUCAUACGGUUAUCCUGGAAAACCGCCAUUCGUGGUUCAAAUGAAGCUUCUUUUUUACGAUUUGGGGUUUCAAUAUUUGCGAUGAAGAAGCAUGGUGUGCUAUCACUGAUCUACCAUGGAACCCCAUCAUAAAAAGCUUGUCUUUCUACUUCUUCUCUCACUUCUCGUGGUGGUUUUCGGUGCCACUGACCCCAAUGACCUUGCGAUUAUCAACCAGUUCAAGAAAGGGUUGGAAAACCCAGAGCUCCUGCAGUGGCCCGAGAACGGUGCUGACCCUUGCGGGUCUAAGUGGAAACACUUGUUCUGUAAAGGAGACAGGGUCGCCCAGAUUCAGGUCCAAAACCUGGGUCUCCGUGGCCCUCUCCCUCAGAAUCUCAACAAGCUCUCCAUGCUUACAGACCUUGGCCUCCAGAAAAACAACUUCACCGGAGCUUUACCAUCGUUCAGCGGCUUGUCCAAUCUGCGCAAUGCUUACUUGGACAACAACCGUUUCGAUACCAUUCCUGGCGAUUUCUUCGAUGGCCUUGUGAGUUUGGAGGUCUUGGCAUUGGAUUACAUCAAUUUGAAUGCCAGUACUGGGUGGAUGUUCCCUACUCAGUUGCAGGACUCGCCCCAGUUGAGAAAUCUGUCUUGUAUUAGUUGCAAUUUGGUGGGACCGUUGCCAAGCUUUCUGGGAAUGUUUUCUUCUCUGUCAAACUUGAAACUUUCUGUGAACUAUUUGUCCGGUCAAAUUCCGGAGAGUUUUAGUGGUUCGGCUUUGCAGAUGCUAUGGUUAAAUGACCAGCGCGGAGGCGGAUUGACAGGCCCAAUCGACAUGGUGACAACGAUGACCUCUCUUAGAAGUCUCUGGCUUCAUGGUAAUCAGUUCACAGGGGAGAUUCCAGAUAGCAUCGGGAAUUUGACUUUGCUCACGGAUCUGAAUCUGAACGGUAACCGACUUGUUGGCUUAAUUCCUGAUAGCUUAGCUAAUAUGCCAUUGGUUAACUUAGAUUUGAGCAAUAACAAGUUGAUGGGUCCAAUACCAAAAUUCAAAGCCACCAAGCUCUCUUUUAGUUCUAAUGCAUUUUGUCAAUCAACUCCUGGGGUUCUUUGUGCACCGGAUGUUAUGGCACUUAUAGAGUUUCUCAAGUGGGUGAAUUACCCUUCAAUUCUUGUUUCUUCAUGGACUGGUAAUCAGCCUUGUGAAGGGCAAUGGUCGGGACUGAGUUGUAAUCCCAGCAAUGAGAUUUCUAUCAUAAACAUGCCCAAGUUUAAUCUCAAUGGAUCCUUGAGUCCCGUGGUUGUAAAACUAAGUUUUCUUACUCAAAUUAGACUUCAGAAUAAUAAUUUGAGUGGUCAGAUUCCCCAAAACUGGACUAGCUUGAAGUAUUUGACAACUCUGGACCUAAGUGGGAACAAUAUUUCCCCUCCAUUGCCAAAAUUCAGUGGUACUGUGAACCUCAUCAUUGUUGGUAACCCUCUAUUGAAUGAUAAUCAGUCGCAGGAAACCCCCCCUGCUGGAAACAGUCCACCAGAAAACGGCCCAUCAUCUGGUAGUUCGCAGUCCCCAUCGAAAAACCCCUCUUCCCCAACAGCAGGCUCAAAUUCUAAUGGUGACGAUACGUCUGGCAAACCAAAAAGUUCCAAGAGAUCCAUUUUGGUUUCAGUCUUGGCACCUGUUGCGAUAGUUGCUCUUCUGAUCGUACCUCUAUCUGUCUAUUAUUGUAAGAAGAGAAAAGACGUGGCCCCAACUCCUAGUUCUGUUGUAAUUCACCCGAGAGAUCCAUCUGAUUCAGAUAACACAGUCAAGAUUGUUGUUGCCAACAACACAAAGGGUAGCACUUCUGCCCUGACAGGGAGUGGUUCUGGAAGAAGAAACAGUAGUGGAAUGGGCGAGUCUCAUGUCAUUGAAGCUGGAAAUCUAAUCAUAUCAGUUCAAGUUCUUCGAAAUGUGACAAAUAAUUUUGCCCCCGAGAAUGAACUUGGUCGUGGUGGCUUUGGGGUAGUUUAUAAGGGAGAAUUGGAUGAUGGUACAAAAAUAGCAGUGAAAAGAAUGGAGGCUGGCAUCAUUACUAGCAAAGCGUUGGAUGAAUUCCAGUCUGAAAUUGCCGUGCUUUCGAAGGUCCGGCACCGUCAUUUGGUAUCUCUUUUGGGUUAUUCCAUUGAAGGCAGCGAGAGAAUUCUUGUUUAUGAGUAUAUGCCUCAAGGGGCUCUCAGUAAGCAUCUAUUCCACUGGAAGAGCGUAAAGUUAGAGCCUCUUUCUUGGAAGAGGAGGCUAAAUAUUGCCUUGGAUGUUGCCAGGGGAAUGGAGUAUCUUCACAGUAUGGCUCACCAGAGCUUCAUACACAGAGAUCUUAAAUCUUCAAAUAUCUUACUUGGGGAUGAUUUAAGAGCAAAAAUUUCAGAUUUUGGAUUGGUGAAGCUUGCUCCUGAUGGUGAGAAAUCCGUGGUAACCAGGCUUGCUGGGACUUUUGGAUACUUAGCACCAGAAUAUGCCGUGACGGGAAAAAUUACAACCAAAGUUGAUGUCUUCAGUUUUGGGAUCGUGCUAAUGGAGCUAUUGACCGGGUUGAUGGCACUUGAUGAGGACAGGCCCGAGGAGAGCCAGUACUUAGCUGCGUGGUUCUGGCGCAUAAAAUCAGAUAAGGAGACACUGAUGGCAGCCAUUGACCCAGCCCUAGAUGUAAAAGAAGAAACAUUUGAGAGCAUCUCCAUAAUUGCUGAAUUAGCUGGGCACUGCACUGCUAGAGAACCCCUCCAAAGGCCAGAUAUGGGCCAUGCCGUGAAUGUGUUGGCCCCACUUGUGGAAAAAUGGAAACCAUUCGAUGAUGACACUGAGGAAUAUUCUGGAAUUGAUUACAGUCUUCCUCUUAAUCAGAUGGUGAAGGGCUGGCAGGAAGGAAAGGACUUGAGUUAUAUGGCUCUAGAAGACAGCAAAGACAGUAUCCCAGCAAGACCUACUGGAUUUGCCGAGUCUUUCACUUCUGCUGAUGGACGGUAAAAGAGGUUCUUUUUUCUAAGGUGUAGGUAGCAUAUUAUCUUUUUUUCAGAGGCAAUACGUUCAAGUGCCGGCGUUGGACUUGUGGCCAAUAAAAAUGGAGAUUUCAGGUGCCUGAGAUCUCAAGUUUAGGCUUUGAAUUUUCAACUGUGAAUUUUUACUUUUUAUUGUUGAUGUAGAUAGAGAGGAACAAUGAUUGUGAAAUGUUGAACUGUUAAUUAUAUAUUGAUUUCUACUUUCUAAGA